AUGGUUUCUUCUCAAAUACAUCCGGCUCUUUCUAAUCAAAAUCCUAAAUCGUUAAAGAAAGAAUCUAGCAAAAAGAGCGAGGUCGAAGCUUGGUAUGCAAAUGCCGUAUUUGUGAUUUUUAUGCACGUAGUAGCUUUGAUAACCCUAAUAACGUAUACACCAACGAGUAAAACUUUAUGGUUGGCCGCUGUUCUUUUUCAAUUGGGAACUUGCGGAAUAACUGUGGGAUACCAUCGUCUAUGGAGUCAUCGAGCCUUUACAGCUAGAACACCACUUCGUUUUGCACUUGGAAUCUGGGGUACUCUUGCCUUCCAAGGUUCUAUCAAAUGGUGGGUGCUUAGACACAGACUACAUCACCGAUUCACCGACACAGACCACGAUCCCUACUCUGCGGCCAAAGGACUUUGGUUUUCUCAUAUAGGUUGGAUUUUCUCCAAACCUUAUUACCCAAGAAUGAAGUCUGUUGAUGCUUCAGAUUUAAAUGCUGACCCUGUUGUCGUAUUUCAACAUAAAUAUUACGUCCCAUUGGCAUUAUUCACCGGUUUAAUUUUACCGACAAUGAUUGCUUCUUUAUGGAAUGACGCUCUCGGUGGUCUGUUAUAUGCUGGAGUCGUUGGUCGUAUUGUAAUUUGGCAUUGCACUUUCUGUAUCAAUAGUUUAGCUCACUAUACUGGUGAUCAAGUUUAUUCGACAGAAGUUUCGGCUCGAGGAAAUUUAUUCCUUGCCUUUAUAACCAACGGAGAAGGAUAUCACAAUUUUCAUCAUGAAUUUCCCAAAGAUUAUCGUAACGGUUAUCGAGUAUUCGAUUGGGAUCCUUCAAAAUGGUUCAUCUUGUUCUUUUACACUUUUACUAAUCAAGUAACCUCAAUGUUCAGAGUACCCGAAAACGAGGUAAAAAAAGCUAAAGCAAACAUAGAAUUAUAUAAAGCACAAAAAGUACGUGAACAAUGCGAUUGGGGUACCGAUCCAAAAUCGUUGCCUACUAUUACUUACAAUGAAUUUCAAUCCAAAGUAAAAGACGAGGGACGUGAAUGGAUGUUAAUUGAUGAAUUUGUGUUGGACGUAAAGGAAUUUAAAACGGCACAUCCAGGUGGUGAAAAGAUAUUGAAAGCAUAUUAUGGUAAAGAUUCCACUAAAGCAUUCUAUGGAGGUUUAAAUAAUCAUACGAAAUCGGCGAGACUCAUGUUGGAUAUGCUUAGAAUCGCUAAGAUUGAUAGACUUGAGAAGAUUUCUCAUUAA